GCGGCACGCCGCGGCCCGAGGGAGCUGCCGGAGCGCGGCGGGGAGGAUGGAGGACGAGGAGCUGGAGGAGGAGGAGAAGGAGGAGGACGAGGAGGAGGAAGAGGAGGACAAGGAGAAGGAGGCGGCAGAGGAGGAGGAGCAGGUGCCAGCUCCGUGCCCGCUGACGGAGGAGGUGCUAAAGCAGGGCCUCUCUCUCCUCUGUAAAACCACCAACGGCCUGGCUCACGCCUAUGUCAAAUUUGAAGCCAAAUCCAAGGACUUGACAGACAUCAGCCUCCUCGCAAGCUUUGUUCACCUGCGGUAUGUGGAUUUGUCGGAGAACAAGCUGCAGGAUUUGGCCCCCCUGAGCAGCCUAACCCACCUGCUCUGGCUGAAGGUGGAUGGGAACCUGCUGAGCAGUGCCUGCAUCGAGGAGCUGCCCUACCUUCAGGUCAUCAGCUUUGCUCGCAACCGCAUCAAGGACAUGGAGGGCAUUACUCAUCCCCGCUUAGCCAACCUCAGCAUGAAAGAAAAUAAGAUCCAGACAGCACUGGGCCUGAGUCAUGACCAAUUGUUCAGCCUACAAAUCCUGGAGCUGCGAGGAAACAAGCUGAAGAGCACAGCAGGGCUCAAUCUUCCCAAGCUCAAGACCCUCUAUCUGUCCCAGAACACCAUUUCGAGCCUUGAAGACAUUGAGGGGCUGGAGCAGCUGGCAACUCUGCACCUGCGUGACAACCAGCUCGGGACCCUGGAUGGAUUCUCUAGUAGUAUGAAGUGCCUGCAGUACCUCAACCUACGGAACAAUGGGAUCAGUAGCUUUCAGGAGGUGGCAAAACUGCAGGUCCUGCCCAUGCUGCAGGCACUGGUGCUGUUGGACAAUCCAUGCUCUGAGGAGACUGAUUACCGGCUGGAGGUCCUGGCCCUGCUGCCACACCUGCAGCGCCUGGACAAGGAGGUGGUUGAGCAAGAGGAGCGGGCAGAGGCGAACGAAAUCCGUCAGAGAAGGCAGGAAGAAGAAAAGGAAAUGGAGAGAUCAGGGCAGGGUGAUGCGACUGAGUGACCCUGGUUUUAACACCUGUACCCAGAGCCAGACUAGGUUUGGAGAUGCCUUCCCCCACUCGUGCAGCUGUAGUGACCAGACCCACCUUCACCUCAGUUUGCCCCCUCUGGUCCUGGAAGCUGCCUUGAGGUACUGCAGUGGGCUUUUGCAGUCACCGCACUCAUGUGCCUUCUCCUCAGUAGGCCCAAGAGGGAAAAGGGGAAAGUUACAGGUUCUGUGGUUCAACUUACGGCUCCCAAAAAUCCUACAACAUUUUCUGAUUUGAAUAAAAAUAAUUAAUGAGCCUGGA